AUGCUGAAGCUGAAGUCAAAGUUUGAUCUUCAGAGAGAUGUGGUGUCGGACGUGUCCAGAACAGAAACGUCGGCCGGAAAAGCAGACUACUGGGCGGGGGAGGAUACCUGCAUCCUCAACAUUGAGAGAGAUGGGGGAGUCAUCUACUCCUGGAGGGGAGGAACUGGUACCACCCGGAUCGGUAAAUAUGAUCCCAACACAAAACAAAACAAGCUCCUGUACACGUUUGACAAGCAGGUGUGUGUUAGCAGCUGCUCUCUGAACAAGGAGGAGACGCUGCUAGCGGUCAGCCUGACACAGAGGACCAGAGGAGAGGAACACCUCAAACCAACAUCAAAGUGUCUGACUCUCUUGAUUGAGAUCCACCCCAUUAACAACACCAAAGUCCUCAAGGCAGUAGACUGCAGGGUCAGAGUACAGUUUCUCCAUCCAGAUCUGGACAGGAGCUCGGUGCUGGAGAGCCACCUGCUGCUGCUAGCCGAAGAUGGAUAUGUGGAUCAGUACCAUGUUUUUCUGUCCAGACAGGAGGGUUACAGGGUGGUGAUGGUGAAUCCAGAGCGUUUGUCCAAGUUAGCAGAGAGAGUAGCAGAGGACUUCAGCUGGGUCCAGUGGGACGCACACACACAGAGACUCUACUACCUCACACACAAGGACAAACCUCUGCUCAGAUGUGUUCAGUUUUUCCCCAGCCACAACUGUGAGACUGUGUUAGAGUUGCCUUUAGAGAUACCCUCCAAUUCCUUCAAGGCAGUCAGGUUUGUAAACCUGGGUUUUGAUCAUUACAACGAGGAGACACCGGAGCAGGAGCUUGUUAGAAUGGAAGUUUUUACAAACACAAUAGAAAGAAGUAUGUGUGUGUGCUACAGCCGCCCUCUUAGAGACAACCAGGACCUGACCUACACCGUAGUGUUCGUUCACAAAGGCUGCAGUAAGACAUUCGGGGUUUCUCUGGACAGUGAAAGGUCCCCUCAAACAUCCAGACACCUCCAUCCCCUCUUCAUCCCUGUGGGUUAUUACAUCCUGGUGUACCUGUCAGGUUAUUUCCUGCACUGUAUUAACACCAGACAGCAGGAGAUGCUCUGUCACUCCCUCUUCCUCUUUGGUCAGGAUGCUGACUUAGGCCUACCAGACCACUCGGCAAGCAUCACAGUUUUAGGUGCAGAUGAGGAAUCCGCCUGCGCUCUGUUGGACACCGGCAGUGGGAGGAUUUAUUCAGCUGACCUCAGUGCCACCUACCUCAUGCAGAUACUGUGUUCAGAUACCCCCACCGAUAGACCAAGACCAAACCCACAUCUGCUGCCCCCCUUUGGCCCCAGCAACAACAUUCAGACUGGGUGCAUCCUCCAUCCUACCCACCGUCGCAGCAGCGGCCGGUCUGACCUCCAGCGACUGGCUGCGCUCCACUGCCUUCUGGUUUAUAUGGGAAAUGACCCAGACCUGGAACUGCAGAUUAUUGACUGGUUCUGCGACAACAUGAUGGCCUUUGAAACCUUUGACCAGAUCCAGGAGUUCAUCCUAGCCUCCUUAUACAAUAUAAGCUAUGAGAAAUCUCUCUGUCUGGACAAAGUCCUGCCUUACUCCUCUGUGUUUGACAAAAAGGUCCCGGUGGGUUUGUUGGAGGUACCCGGUGUCUCCUGCAUCACAGAGCUACAUACUGACCCUGUCUUCAGAGGGAAAGCCAAGAGUCUUCAGGGGUUCUGGUCAGAGCUGCAGUGGAUCACAGAGAGGAUCAAAUACCUUGAGGCUGUACCCAACCUCAGAUACAGAGCCUCACAUGCACAGGUCGACUGGGGUAUACGUAUGUGUGUGUGUAGAUCGGAGAGGAGAUUAUCCAGCCAUCUGAAACGCAUGGAAGAAAAUACCAAGAAAGUUCUGUCAAUGGUGGACACGUGGAGUCUAGAUAAGAAGCUGGUGCCACUUUUCAAUGAGGAAGACUCUCAACAGAUGGCACUCAUAGGCCUGAUGGUUGAUAAGCUUCGAGAGCAUCUUAACAGACACCUACCUCGACUGGGAAAGAAGAAGAUAGAGUCACUGGUGGUCAACUACGUGGCCAAACUGCUGGAACUCAUCAGACACAUGUUGGAGUCGGUCUGGCUGAAGUACAAACUGGGCCCUCGUGUGUUGUGCCUUACACAGCAGGGUAGUUCAGCAGAGUGGGCUGUGUUUCACUUCAUGUGUCGGAUCCUGGAAGCCACGAGGGGCCUGUGCUUGCCUCUUCCACCUGGCUACCAUACCCUGUUAGCUGUGCUAGGUGUGCGUUGCCUUCCUCACCAAACCUUCCUCCAAUACAUUGACCAUGGCCUUCUGCAGCUCACUGAAACUUUCAUUACUCGGCUCAUGACAGAUUUGGACAACAGUGUGGCAAAUGAGAAACUGAAGUUCAGCAUUUUGAAAAGACUCUCCAAGCCUAUGGGACAGAGGAUCUACCAAUUGUGGGAUCACCCUGUCACUUCUGCCUCAAUCUCCAGGGAUUACGUCAGGACUCUGCUGGAGAAACAUAGCAGAAACAAGGGAUCUGCUUUCACAGGCAGAGACAAGCCGGGCAGCUUUAGAUCUGAGUUUCUGCCUCUUACCUACUUGGCAAAAAUACUCUCCAAUGUGGAGGAGCAAGCUCUGAACCCAUUCGAGGAGCAGGAGAAUGUGGAUGCCAAGUUUGUGGAGGAGACUGCUCUUAAACAGACACUCAUCCUCUUGGGCUGUGACAACAAAUGAAGGGAAUAAAAGGGAGAGAGGGACGGAGGGGGGAAGCUGAUAUAUUGAUUGACGGAUGUGUGGGUGCUGUGAGUUCUUUUGAGAGCAUGCUCAGGCUCAUUUCCCUGGGCUUUGAGGAAAAGUAAUGGAUGGCUGGGUGAUGGAAGGACGUUUGGGUGCAAUAACGAAAGGACAAACAGAGGGACCCAAGAUGAAUGAGAGGAAGAUAAUUCAUAAAUAAGCCCCAUUCUGCAAGGUAGGAGGAUGGAUGGAUGGAUGGAUGGAUAGGUGAUAGAGAGCAUUGUGUAGCAGACGGUAUCAAUUGAUGGGGGAGAACGGGAAACGGUAAAGGCAGAACGAAGAGAAAAGGACUAAGCUGAGGAUGAGUGAACACUGGGUUGAUGUUGAAAUAGUUUAGUCAUAUUGCAUAAUCAAGGUCAUCCUGUGUGCCUGCAAAAGUGCUGAGAUGUCCACCAACGUUGGCUUAUGAUGACCUCAUCAGUUGUUUGCUUUCGUUGUAGUAGGGAUUGGGAAAUAUAAACCAGCCACCACCCUAAUACUGCUUUAGAAAAAAAAAAAGUUUCCACCCCUCUUUCUCUAUCUGCCUCCUCGUAAAAUGUGGCUGCGCGGGAAA